GAAAGAAGACUAAUCUAAGAAGAAGUAAACACGUUUUGCCGACGAUUGAUCAAGUCGUUUCAGCGCAAUUUCAAGUUCAACUUCAAGUUCCAACAAUUACCACAAUUUCAGCUUGGGUAUUUUAGAUGGCGUACUCGUACUGUGCUGCUGAAAUUGAGAUGAUCAUUCAAGAUACCAGGAAAAAGAAGGACUGGCGGAGAGAGGGAGAAAUAUAUCUCAAUUUCCAGAACGAAGCAAAGUGUAUCCCAACUCGUAUGAAAGAUCCACUGGAACAUCAUGAUCCUGUAGAUGCAGCAACUGUAGUGGGAAGUAAACAUGAAGAAGUACCUGAAGGCUGGAAAGAUGAGAUCCUAAACCAUUCUGCAGAGGAGAGAGAUGGGGUCGUGAAAGAGUCUUUAGACGAGAGAGAUGGGAUCACAAACCAGGUUGCAGAGGAUAGAGUUGGGGUGGUGAACCAGUUUGCAGAGGUGAGAGAUGAGUUUGUGAACCAGUCUGACAAGGAGAGAGAUGGAGUCAUUAACCAGUCUGCAGAGGAGAGAGAUGGGGUCGUAAACCAGUCUGCAGAGGAUAGUGACGAGGCCAUGGCACAGAAUUCAGCUAAUAGAGAUGAAGUUGCAAACCAGUCUAAAGAGGAGAGAGAUGGGGUUCUGAACCAGUCUGCAGAAGAGAGAGAUGAGAUCAUAAACCAGCCUUCAGAGGAAAGAGGUGAAAUCAUAAAAGACUCAGCAGAGGAGAAAGACAGGGUUGAGAACCAAUCUGUAGAGGAGACGGAUGGUGUAUCGAAUCAUUCAUCUGAGAGGGCAGAUGGUAUCGUAGAACAGUUUUCAAAUGAUAGAGAUGGGUUCGUGACCCAGGUUACAGAGGAGAGUGAUUACAUCUCUAGGGGGCAUUCUGAUGCAAGCACAGAAAAGCUAGUAAAAGAGAACUCCGAAGAUUGCUCUUCAAUUUCUGAAUCGUUCAUCAGUAUUCAAGUCCGCUGUACCAGGGCAUUUGCAGAUGAUGGUGAAUUGUUUAGAUGGGGUCUGUAUGGAAAACCAGAAUAUCCAGACUCAUUUGACGAAGAAAGCGAUACAGCGACCAAUGACAAUGAGAGAGACGUUUCAGGUCAACCGUUGACAGGAGACCUGUCUGAGGUAUCAGAUCCUUGUGUUUCAGAGGUAAACGUUGGGGAGGAGAAUGGCUUUGAAGACUUUGAUGAUGUGAGGGAGAUAAGGCCAUACCUCUCUUCGAUUGUGAACUUUACAGGCGAGUAUGAAGGUCAGGAGGAGGUCAUGAAGGACAUGGGACUUCCUCUGAGCUUUGUUCGUUCACCAAGAGACUGUGAAGAAGAGGAAGAGGGCACAUUUAAGCUCAGGACCAAACCAAACAAAGGAAAGAAGAGUAAGAGAAAGGGGAAGAAUCACAGGAAUAAACAUAAAUCUCGGGAUCACCAGGAAGUCACCUCCUCCUAUAUCCAAAAUCUAGAUGAGAACGGUCCUAACUGCAACUCUCAUGGAACACAAGUCGUAAAUGGUGAUCUGGGGGAUGACGCAUCAAGAAUCCCGGAAGGAUUCAGUGAGGCACAUGGUUUGUCUGGACAUGGAGAUGGGUCUGAGGAUAUCUCCACCUGGGAGGAGUACUGGGAGAAGUUUGGACAUGGUCUUGUCUGGCAAGGGUGGCUAGAGCUUCAUCCAGAGUUUGGAGAAGCGGAGUCUUCCUGUAGUAACCACGAGGGGUGUCCAGAUGCACAGAAUGAGAAGGAUCCCGAUGGGGUGCUCAUGAAGAUAUCAAGGGAAGGAGAAGACGACGUGCUUAUAAAGAAUAAGGAAUGCCAAGACGUGCUUGAUGAAUGUCUUCAUAAGCAUGUUACUGACUCUGAUGUCUGUCUGCUUCUUGCACCUUGCCAAAAUGAAGAUAUUCCCACCCAAGCAGAUGAUGUGUCAGAGGAAAAGGUGCAUCCUUAUUCUGACUUUAGGAGCUCUGAAGUUGACAAUACAUUGGCUGGCAUUAGGCCAGGUCAAGUCAUCAGUGGUGGAGUGGUAGAUAGUGAUGACAUUGUUCCACAAAAAAGCUGUAUAACUUUAGGGGAAACCGAUGGGACUGUCCUCUUCCACCCGCUGCCUCAAAGUAAUGGAACAAGUGCAACCUCUGAAAAUGAAGAGAUUCAACAAAGUUGUCAGAGAAAUGCUGUCAAGGAAACAGAUCUGAAUGGUGAUGAAAUUGUUGACAGCUCACAGGAUGCUGCACUGACUGAAGCUCACUCCAAAUGGACUCCGGCAUUGAUUGAGGAGUGGGACAAGCAUUCCAGCGAGACAUACUGGUAUUAUCAUCACUGGUUCCACUCUUGGCAGGAAGUGCUUCAAGGGGAGGGUGAAGUAGUUCAAGAGAUUCCUCGAGAUGAUGUUAAUGAAGUUAGUAGUUGUACUCAAGCUGAAGAACAUGUUCUUCCUGCUAGGGCCUGUGACCUAAAAGGAAAUGUUGUAGGUGAGGGGAUUCCUGAAGAAAACCAAAUUUCUGUUGCCCAAGCAAAUGGAAGUAUUGUAGGUUCCAAUGGCACCAAAGGACAGGACUGUGACACUAGGGUUUCUCAAGGGAAUGAUAUUGAAGCCGAUGGGAUGUUUGAUUGUGAUCCUGCUGAAACUUCAAUAACAUCAGAUCUUCCAAUGCCAUCUGACAAAGAUUGCACUGUGAGUGAGUCCAAUGUAGAUGGCAGUAAUAAUAAACAGAGCCAUGAUGAAUCAAGGGUGUCCAGUAGUUUUGGAGAGGGUGAAAAAGAGGUUAUCAUGAAGGAAGUAGAUCCCACACUAAAUCUGGCAUCAGAAUCUGUAUCUUGCAGCACUAAUGGACUGUCUGAUGUUGUAGGUGUAAACCCCAUCCAGACAUCCCCUAAUUAUCAGGUAGACAUGGCUGUAAGGACCAUCGAACGAAGAUCCAUAGAGACAGCCGCAGAGUCCACCAGUCAGGAUAUUGCUUCAACAGUUCUGCAGGAACAAUCAUCCGGUACAAGUCCAUCAGUAGACAUACUGGAUAAACAUAGACUGGUUGCUGAAGAGAGACAGGCAUUUGAGGUAGACUCAAAGACAGAUCAGCAUGAAGCAAAGCCAAGUCACAACCUACAUGUGGAUCAAGAAAAUAAGAUUGUCUUCCAAAAUGAAGAGGAUAGUGGUGUCAUGAGAGAAAUGGGACUUCCCUCAAGUUUUGGCAAGGAUGUGCCCCAAGGAAGAGAGGUAAGUCAAGGGUCCCGUAGCAUCAAGCUUGGUGAUUGAUCAUGGAGUUGAUUUGUACAAGUGAUCAUUCACGAUAAUCAGGCAAUUGAUAUGUAGAAAUAAGCCCCAUGAUCUGAGUUUUAUGCUACAGCAGGGUUCCCAGCCCAUCAGGGAAAUCAGGGAAAAUUCUUUUACUUUUUUCCAGUCAGGGAAAACUCAGGGAAUUUGAUAAAAUUACCUCAAAUCAGGGGAAAAUACCUCAAAUGAGGGAAAAAUCUGAGAAUUUUGAUCAGCCCAAUAGUCAAAAGCAUGGUAGUCAGUCAGACUGUUAUAUUUUGUUGCAUAUCAAAACAACAUCCAUUGAAUGACUGGUUAUGGUGGUACUAAUUCGUUUUACAUUAUUGUUUUUGUACUGAAAAUACAUGUAAUUUACUGCAACAACUUAGAAAACAUGCAAAACUGGGAAUGGGUUUAAAUAAUUAUCAGGGAAUUUUUAAAACUUCAUCAGGGAAAAAUCAGGGAAUUGUUUUCUUGAAAAGCUAGGAACCCUGUACAGUUCCCUGAUAUUCACUUUAUCUCUAGGCGGUUUAUAUUCGCUUUGUGUACUUUUCAGAUAGUCUAAUAUCGCAUUGGCAAAAACUAUUUAAUGUGGUCUCUAUUUGGUCUAAACCCUGUUUGCUAUAUGCUACACUUGGUCUUCUCAAUUUGGUCUAAACCCUGUUUACUAUAUGCUACACUUGAUCUUCUCAAUUUGGUCUAAACCCUGUUUGCUAUAUGCUACACUUGGACUUCUCAAUUUUGGUCUAAACUCUGUUUGCUAUAUGCUACACUUGGUCUUCUCAAUUUUGGUCUAAACCCUGUUUGCUAUACGCUACACUUGGUCUUCUCAAUUUUGGUCUAAACCCUGUUUGCUAUACGCUACACUUGGUCUUCUCAAUUUGGUCUAAACCCUGUGUGCUAUAUGCUACACUUGGUCUUCUCAAUUUGGUCUAAACCCUGUUUGCUAUAUGCUACACUUGGUCUUCUCAAUUUUGGUCUAAACCCUGUUUGCUAUACGCUACACUUGGUCUUCUCAAUUUGGUCUAAACCCUGUGUGCUAUAUGCUACACUUGGUCUUCUCAAUUUUGGUCUAAACCCUGUUUGCUAAACGCUACACUUGGUCUUCUCAAUUUUGGUCUAAACCCUGUUUGCUAUACGCUACACUUGGUCUUCUCAAUUUGGUCUAAACCCUGUUUGCUGUAUGCUACACUUGGUCUUCUUAAUUUUGGUCUAAACCCUGUUUGCUAUACGCUACACUUGGUCUUCUCAAUUUGGUCUAAACCCUGUGUGCUAUAUGCUACACUUGGUCUUCUCAAUUUUGGUCUAAACCCUGUUUGCUAUAUGCUACACUUGGUCUUCUCAAUUUUGGUCUAAACCCUGUUUGCUAUACGCUACACUUGGUCUUCUCAAUUUGGUCUAAACCCUGUGUGCUAUAUGCUACACUUGGUCUUCUUAAUUUUGGUCUAAACCCUGUUUGCUAUACGCUACACUUGGUCUUCUCAAUUUGGUCUAAACCCUGUUUACUAUACGCUACACUUGGUCUUCUCAAUUUUGGUCUAAACCCUGUUUGCUAUAUGCUACACUUGGUCUUCUCAAUUUUGGUCUAAACCCUGUUUACUAUAUGCUACACUUGGUCUUCUUAAUUUUGGUCUAAACUCUGUUUGCUAUAUGCUACACUUGAUCUUCUCAAUUUUGGUCUAAACCCUGUUUGCUAGGCUUAUUAUAUUCACUCGCGUUCGUAAUCACUCGCGUCGGGUUGGUAAUCACACGCGUUUUUUAUUUUUGGCGAUUUUUUUUUUUUCGGUGCGAUUUUUUUUCUAACGGUGUCUUCAAUGGGACAAACGUACUGGAAAAAUAAAAUGAAAUUGAAAUUCGAGUUUCGUUUUAUUUUAAGCUGGUAAGUGCCUUAAAUAAAACGUUCUCGACCACUGUUUUAAGAUAACAAGCAAAUUUUGACUACUGUUUUAACAUAAUCACAUUCCACAUCUUAAAUCUUAGAGCCAUAGGCGGCGGAAGCGGGGGGGGGGGGGGGGGGCUCCCCCUAAAAAAAGAGAGAGGGGGGAGAAAGGAAGGGAAAGAGGGAGAAAAGAGAAAGAACAAAAAAGACAGACAGAAAGAAAGAAGCAAGGAAAAAAGGAGAAAGAAAGGAGAAAAGGAAUAAAGAAGAAAAAGGAGGAAAGGCUACUCUCGAUUUAGCUUUGCCUUUGGAGGAUUUUCCUGAAGUCUGUGGUAUUCUUUAUAAAGCAUAGUGAGGUGCUACAAUUUCAUAAUAUCACUAUUUAUUUGCUUCUCCCUUUCUUUGUGAAUUAUUCUACACUAACGUAAAAAUCAGGGAGGAAAAAA